AGAUCGCUUCAGAGGUGUGCCACACAAACAACACGUCAACGCGCACACACACAAAUACAGAGAGAGAGAGGAAGAGAGAGAGAGAGAGUUGUAAGCAGCGGCACAUCGGUGAGAAGAGGGAAGCAGGCGCGCGGCACAGGGACCCGCCGGAAGAAGCAGCUGCAGCAGCUUGAGCGCGAGCUGGACGCAGACCGACAAAAACACCGGCAGCACGAGCGACACCGCGGCGGCCAGCGGGGCGAAGAGGAGAAGGAGGCGGCACCUGUACCGCGACUCGUCCUCCCCCGCCGCCUCCGUCGCGUCUCUCUCUCCGCUCUCCUCACCCCUCGUUCCUCCUCUCGGACCGCCGCCGCUUCCUCGUUAAGAUGGCUGACCCCAACAGCGAAGGAGAGGUGCCGGAGAGCGCGCGCGGCUUUGCGCGUCAGGGAGCCCUCCGUCAGAAGAAUGUGCACGAGGUGAAGAACCACAAGUUCAUCGCGCGCUUCUUCAAGCAGCCAACCUUCUGCAGCCACUGCACGGACUUCAUCUGGGGCUUUGGGAAGCAGGGAUUCCAGUGCCAAGUGUGCUGUUUUGUGGUCCAUAAGCGCUGUCAUGAAUUUGUCACCUUCUCCUGUCCGGGGGCCGACAAAGGACCUGCCUCCGAUGAUCCUCGUAGUAAACACAAGUUUAGGGUCCACACUUACUCAAGCCCCACAUUCUGUGACCACUGUGGCUCCCUCCUGUACGGGCUGAUACACCAGGGAAUGAAAUGUGACCACUGUAUGAUGAACAUCCACAAGCGAUGUGUCGCCAACGUCCCGAGCCUGUGCGGGACGGAUCACACGGAAAGGCGAGGACGCAUCCACAUCUCUGCGCAGAUCACUGACGACACUCUCACCGUCACCAUCAAAGAGGCUAAGAACCUGGUGCCCAUGGAUCCCAAUGGCCUGUCAGACCCUUACGUCAAGCUCAAGCUGAUUCCUGAUCCCAAGAGUGAGAGCAAGCAGAAGACAAAGACCAUUAAAUGCUCCCUCAACCCCACGUGGAACGAGACCUUCACUUUCAACCUCAAAGAAACUGACAAGGACCGCCGUCUGUCAGUAGAGGUCUGGGACUGGGAUUUGACCAGCAGGAAUGACUUCAUGGGAUCACUGUCCUUCGGGAUCUCAGAGCUACAGAAACAAGGGAUAGAUGGAUGGUUUAAGCUGCUGUCCCAGGAGGAAGGAGAAUACUUUAAUGUUCCCGUCCAGCCAGAUGGAGAGGACGGUAAUGAGGAGCUACGGCAAAGGUUUGAGAGAGCGAGAGUGGGUCCAGGGAAGCCCACUGACUCCUCUUCUUCCUCCUCGGUGUGCAAGUACGACAGCAACGGCAAUCAGGACCGCGUCAAGCUCUCAGAUUUCAACUUCGUCAUGGUUCUGGGCAAAGGCAGCUUCGGCAAGGUGAUGCUGGCUGAGAGGAAAGGCACAGAUGAGUUGUACGCCAUCAAAAUCCUGAAAAAAGACGUGGUGAUCCAAGACGAUGACGUGGAGUGCACCAUGGUGGAGAAGAGAGUCCUCGCCCUGUCAGGAAAACCACCUUUUCUCACUCAGCUGCACUCAUGCUUCCAAACCAUGGACCGAUUGUAUUUUGUCAUGGAGUAUAUUAAUGGAGGAGACCUUAUGUACCAUAUCCAACAGGUCGGCAAGUUUAAGGAGCCUCAUGCUGUGUUCUAUGCUGCUGAGAUUGCCAUCGGCCUGUUCUUCCUUCACUCCAAGGGCAUUGUGUAUCGGGAUCUGAAGCUGGACAAUGUGAUGCUGGACUCUGAGGGCCAUAUAAAGAUUGCAGACUUUGGAAUGUGUAAAGAAAACAUGCUUGAUGGCGUUACCACAAAGACUUUUUGUGGGACGCCAGACUACAUCGCUCCAGAGAUCAUAGCCUAUCAGCCUUAUGGGAAGUCUGUGGACUGGUGGGCUUUUGGAGUCCUGCUUUAUGAAAUGCUUGCUGGACAGCCGCCUUUCGAUGGUGAAGAUGAAGAUGAGCUUUUCCAGUCCAUCAUGGAGCAUCACGUCUCAUACCCUAAAUCCAUGUCCAAAGAAGCAGUUGCUAUCUGCAAGGGGCUGAUGACCAAACACCCGGCUAAGCGUCUGGGCUGCGGCCCAGAAGGUGAGAGAGACAUCAAGGAGCACGCCUUCUUCCGCUACAUAGACUGGGAAAAACUGGAGAAUAAGGAAGUCCAGCCGCCUUUCAAACCGAAAGCUUGUGGGCGUGAUGCGGAGAACUUUGACCGCUUUUUCACACGCCAUCCCCCAGAGCUGACCCCCCCAGAUCAGGACGUUAUAGCCAACCUGGACCAGGAAGAAUUCCAAGGCUUCUCAUUUGUUAACCCUGAGUACUCCUACACAGAUCACUGACCAUGCCGCAUAUUACUGGUCUGCAUUAGUAUCUCUCGCACCACACAUACUGUACAAAAAAAUAAAUAAAUCACAAUUUCAUAUUUCAUAUUGUAUUUGGAAGGGUGAAAGAAAUCACUCAACAUUUUGGGAAAUGUGUCUUUUCCUUUUGCUAUCAAAUUGUGAUGAGUCAAAUAAUAUCACUCUAGUGUUAAUGUACGUGGCGUUGUAGCUAGGUAGGGAUUAAGCCUCAGUCACACACUUCCCAACCCCCUGGCAACGUAAAAUGUGUGUUCUCUGACUGGUUGGAGACUGGUUGCUGGCUGUUGCUAAGUAAAAGCGUUGCACAGAGGUUGCUACACCCAAAACCUGCAUGCUAUUUCUGGAUGGAAGAUGCCAAAUAUUUUCUAUAGUUACUCUCCAAAUUUUAGUAAAACUUAAAAAAAGACAGUUUGCAUUCAAAGUAAAAGUCGUGCUUUUUUAAAUAUUUUGGUUGCAGCAGUAAGACACAACUUUUACUUUGAAGGCGAACAUUUUGCAAGUACUGUGAGUCUUUUCAGACAAAUCUGCGUGUUCCAUAUAAGCUAACUGCAUGGAGGGUUUCAGCCCACAGCCCUCUUUGUGACCAAUUUCACCUAGCAACAGCCAGCAACCUCUUACCAACUGGUCACAGAAUACACGCUUUUCCCUAGCAACAGGUGGUUACCAGGGGUUGCUGACCAGCAGUUAGCAUUAAGUUUGGAAGCACCUAGAAAUAGCUAGCCUGGCUCUUUCUAAUCUCAACAAUAAGAUAACCAGAAGUAAAGCACAUUAACAUGUCUCUGUGGUUUUACAGAUAUGCAACACAACAAAGCUGCGAGUUGUGGCUUAAACUCAUAAACAAAGCAGUACAACUGUCUUGCUUUAUGGGGAAGCUAGCAAGCACAUUAGCACAGAUAUCCUGGUUGGUAAAAUAGUGAUUUACGAUAUAAAACCUCCCUAAGAUGCUUAAAGGACAUCAGUGGCCUGUAAGGAAAGAGCCACAUGACAGAUGAUGACACUGAAAGGUAGCAUUUAGCUGUCCUUGAGCAACCUGGUUGGUUUACCUUCUGGCACUGCUGUAAAGUUUGAUAGGUAGCACAUAAACAGCGACCCAUUAAAAGUAUAACUCCUAAACAACUUGAUUACCAACUUUUAAAUAUUACAAAGCAGGGUGGUAUCUUUUUAGUUAAUAUGUUAAUAUUAAAAAUAAUUAUUCCAGUCUGUCAUACUUUUUGUGCAAAUUAGCAUGAAUUUGCACAGUUAAACUGCUAGCGAGCACAAACGGUUAACAAUGCUAAACAUUGAGUAACAAUUUAUAUUUUGAAGAUUGUUAGCUACAAACAGUAAAACAUUAGUCUAGGUGCCAGUUUUUUUUUUUUUUUGUUUUUUUUUUUUAUACACAUUGCGCAAAGAAAAAAAAAAAGAAAGACUUGGUUAGCAGUUAGCCACUAGCUCAUUAAUCUAGCUCUGCUAACCCUCUCAGUUGAAUAACCUUUGCCUUGCAGGUUGCUACAUUUACUUCAAAGAUUAAAACAUUAAAUAAAAGAUUUUUGUGUAGUUAAUGGUAGUUAUUGUUGCCACAUUAGUGAGGAGAACCAGGCUAGCUCGUCCCCCCCAGCUUCCAUUUUUCACAGUAAACCAGGCUAACACCUCUGCAUAAACACGGGUGAUAUUUAUCAUCUCAUCUGACUUUCAGAAAAAAUUGAAUCGGAUGUAUUUCUUGUAUUUCCUAAAUAAUGUUCACACAUGAAAUGCAGACAGGUGCUCCACUGAAAUGCGACUAAAAUAAUCAAGUGUCAAGGUGCCAGUAGGCGGCUAAUCUUGUUUGCAGCAGCGACACUGUUCUGAGUUUAUUGUAGUUUAGCGCGUCACGUUACACUGCUGCUCUUCUAGCAGCUCUACCGGGUGUAUUUUUAUCUUUAGUACAGACAUGUUGCUCGCUCCUAAAUGCCACACGGCUGCUCACACCGGCAGGCUGAUGUCGGAGUCAGACCUCAGGGCCGACUUUAGCCUGCUCCGUCUCUAUGUUGCCCUCCUUUGUAAUUGCAUAUUGACUAUGACAACCUAUCGGUGAUAUUGAUGAGUGUACUAUGAUCACAUGUUGGUAAUUCAUGCAGUGUAAGUGAAAACUGACCAAUUGCUUUGCUAUGAUUGUUUGACUACUAAUCAUUUUUCCGAAUGUUUACUUUACUUUUGUCUAAAAUCUGCGUCAACUUAGUGAUUUUUUUUUCUUUUUUAUUUCAUUGUUUGUUUGGGUUUUUUUUGUUUUCUUUCGUUUUUUUUAAAGCUCUUCUCAUGAUCAAUUUCUGAAAACAAUCUCCACAGUUACACUGUUUUUAAUGACAGAGAUCAUAUCUCUUUGCUUGUGCACAACCAUCUUUGGAGAAUUUCACAUAUGAUGAAGGUGUUUAGAGUUUUGUGAAGUCGGUAGUCUGUUAGCUUACAGAAACAGGAUGUCCAAAAGUGCCAAAAUAAAGUCCAGAAUUCACAAGGAUGUGAAACAACUCAACAACUGUGAUGAUGGCAGCCAUUUUGUGCCAUUUUGCAGUACAUGUAUAAUUAUGAUAUGCAUUAUAGUUUCUGUUCACAAGUAAUACAGUAUCCCAUAAUUUUCAUAUAUCAAAUGAACUGUCUGAGUUGUAUUAAACUUUUGUAACUGUGUAACGAUGCAGGGUAGUAACAGUGUGUCAAAUGAUGUUCUUUGAGCUCGUAUCAAAAAGAAAAGAAAAAAAAAGAAGAGACAGGAAGGCGAUAUCAAAGGGUUUGUUUUACAACGUUGCUUCUUGAAAAACUAUUCUUCCAGGUGAAAAAGCGCUUUUUGUGAUGAUGGCAAUGGUGAGGAAUACAUGUUGAAAUAACAAGAGAGAGUGC